CUGCGCUGUUGCUGGGAGCUGGGAGGAUAAGAAGCCACGUCGUCGCUCGUCGGCCUCUUGCUUUGUAUCUAUCGCGUCUACUCAUCUUCGACUGAGCCUCAGCAGCUAGUCGAUACACUCACUCCCAACCUCUCAACCAGCAACCACAUAUCUAAAAAUGUCCGGCACGAUGAAGGCGCUCGUCUACGACGAGCCUCGCAAGUUCUCCGUCAAGCAGGUGCCCAUCCCCGAGGUCGCCGACGACGAGAUCCUGCUCAAGGUCAUCAUCUGCGGCUUCUGCGGCACGGACGGCCACAUCCACGAGGGCGACUUCAACCCCAAGUUUCCCCUCAUCCCAGGCCACGAGGCCGUCGGCAAGGUCGUCAAGUUUGGCAAGAAGGUCGAGGGGUUCGAGGUCGGUGACCGUGUUGCGGCGGAUGUUGGCGUGUCCUGCGGCUACUGCCACUACUGCCGCCGCGGCGAGUCGCUCCUCUGCGAGCACUUUGAGGCGGCCGGCGUGCGCCUGGACGGCGGGUUCGCCGAGUACAUCAAGUACCCGUUCCAGAAGUGCUACAAGAUCAAGAAUCUGACCGACGAGGAGGCGACACUGCUCGAGCCGGCGAGCUGUGCGGUGCACGGGAUGGACAAGCUACAGAUGCCGUUCGGCGCGAGCGUGCUGCUUAUCGGUGCGGGACCGACCGGCCUGAUCCUCGCCCAGCUCAUGAAGCUCGGCGGCGCUAGCAAGGUGACGAUCGCGGCCAACAAGGGCAUCAAGAUGGACCUCGCGCGCAAGCUCAACGCGGGCGACGCGUACAUCGACCUCGAGCGCGACAAUGCCGACGCGCAGUGGGCCCAGAUCAAGAAGGACAACCCGUACGGCUUUGACGUCGUCGCCGAGUGCACUGGCGUCGAGAAGAUUGUCAACAUGAGCCUCGACUACGUCGCCCGCGGCGGCACGCUGCUCGUGUACGGCGUGUACGAGGGCGACGCGCGCGUCACCUGGUCCCCUGGGCGCAUCUUCGCCGACGAGAUCCGCAUCAUCGGCUCCUUCUCCCAGGCGUACUGCUUCCCCCGCGCCGUCGACUUCCUCGACUCGGGCAAGGUCAACGUCAAGGGCAUGGUGACGGACGUGUUCACCAUCGACCAGUGGCAGGAGGCGCUCGACAAGCUCAACUCGCGCAAGGCGCUCAAGAUUGCGAUUAGGCCCAACUAAACGGCGGGCGCAAUGUUGGCGCGCGCAAGUGCCUGGCGCGCGGGUCGGGCCAGAUGAAGGAAGAGAGCGAGCGAGGCGAGGCGUGGCACGUUGUACACGUCUGUGGAUAGAGAUGAUGCAUUCAUGUAGCUUUUGGCCAA